GAAAGAUAGAGAGAGAGAGAGAGAGAGAGAGAUUGAUCAGAGAGCACUCUUUGAAGAAGAUACAAUGGAGUUAGCCAAAGGAUGUUUUGGGAAAGGAAAACUCGAGAAAGAUAAGAGUGGCCCGUCCAAUCCUAAUAAGCCCAUGUUGGCAUGGCCCAUGAACAUUUUUCAGAAGGGCAAACAUGCUAGUCCCUCUAGUACCUCUAAUGUCUCGUACCCUCUCAAACAGCGCUUCCCCAGGCUCGUGCUCGAAGGAAAGGGGCCCAUUCAGCAGGCAGAGAAGCGAAAGAAGAUCAUUGUCAAAUCAUACUAUUCUUGUGGAAAUCGAGAUGGUGCACAUCGUUUGGCUGCUGCAGCUGAAGUUGAAGAGUAUGCAGACAUCCAGGGUUUUCUGAUGAUGUACUGAUGAUUUGUGGUUGAACCUCUUGAUUUUCAAUGGCCCGUCCAAUCCUAGUAAGCCCAUGUUGGCAUGGCCCAUGAACAUUCUUCAGAAGGGCAAACAUGCUAGUCCCUCUAGUCCCUAUAAUGUCUCGUACCCUCUCAAACAGCGCUUCCCCAGGCUCGUGCUCGAAGGAAAGGGGCCCAUUCAGCAGGCAGAGAAGCGAAAGAAGAUCAUUGUCAAAUCAUACUAUUCUUGUGGAAAUCGAGAUGGUGCACAUCGUUUGGCUGCUGCAGCUGAAGUUGAAGAGUAUGCAGACAUCCAGGGUUUUCUGAUGAUGUACUGAUGAUUUGUGGUUGAACCUCUUGAUUUUCAAUGGCCCGUCCAAUCCUAGUAAGCCCAUGUUGGCAUGGCCCAUGAACAUUCUUCAGAAGGGCAAACAUGCUAGUCCCUCUAGUCCCUAUAAUGUCUCGUACCCUCUCAAACAGCGCUUCCCCAGGCUCGUGCUCGAAGGAAAGGGGCCCAUUCAGCAGGCAGAGAAGCGAAAGAAGAUCAUUGUCAAAUCAUACUAUUCUUGUGGAAAUCGAGAUGGUGCACAUCGUUUGGCUGCUGCAGAAGAAGUUGAAGAGUAUGCAGACAUCCAGGGUUUUCUGAUGAUCCGAAGCCGUCCUCCCACAAUAACUCGAGGUCCUGGUGAUUAUCUCUACUGCACCAGGUGCAGCCAUCUUUUGGGUUCAGAAAGAGAAGAGAAUUGGGUUCUCUUUCCCACCUCCAUUAUCUUAACAGAUGAAGUUGUCUAAAGAAGAAAGCUUUUGAAGAAGAGGUGGUUCUGGUUCGUCAAUUUGAAGACAUAGUAUGAGUUUGUGGUUUUAUUUUCUGUUGUUAUUUAGGUUUUAGUUUUUGUUAAAGACUUAGGGUUUAUCUUGAAUCGUAUAUGGUAUGGAGUAUGAUGGUUUAUAUCUGCAAUUUGAAUUCGAUAGACGGUUCUGUUAUCUUAAUUGACAAAAACCUUAUCUUAAUUUCAUAUCCUAAUUUCUUUAUUA